UCUGACAAAGCGGACGUUGCGCGUGCGCGACUUCCUUUCUCUUCCGCAGCUCGCAACGCCUCAGCAUGCCGCCCAAGGAUAGCAAGCAGAAGAAGGACGCGGGCAAGUCCAAAAAGGACAAGGAUCCCGUCAACAAGUCAGGAGGCAAAGCUAAGAAGAAGAAGUGGUCCAAAGGAAAAGUGAGGGACAAGCUGAAUAACCUGGUCCUCUUCGACAAGGCCACUUACGACAAACUGUACAAAGAAGUACCCAAUUACAAACUCAUAACACCCGCUGUAGUAUCUGAGAGGCUGAAAGUCAGGGGCUCACUUGCCAGAGCUGCCCUCCAGGAGUUGUUGGGCAAAGGUCUGAUCAAGCUCGUGUCCAAGCACAGAGCUCAGGUGAUCUACACCAGAAACACCAAGGGCACAGAUGAGGUGGCUCCAGAGAAAGAGGCAUAACAUGAUUCCACCCUGGCUUGAGUUAUGUUUUUGUAUAGGUAAAUAAACAACAACAAAACGGAA